AUUUUAAAGUUGCGACGCUUGGCUUGUGGUGGUUCAAGCCGAUUUAUUAUCGAAUUUUAACCCAAAGAAAGUAGAAAAAUGUAGAAAAAAAGUGCCCCAACGCUUAAUAUUAUUGACCCGCGUCGCGUUUUAUUGUUUUGAGUUCGGUUUUGUUCAAGUUGCGGGCGAUAAAUUGGUUUCUUGAGGGCGCGUUUUGGGACACAUUAUUGUGUAAAAUGGUCAGGGGUCGUCGCGUGAAGGCCGUUUUCGCAUGCACCCGUCCUGACGAUUGCUGCUCUCCACACCCGAAACGUCGCGGUCCCAAAAUCACACUCGAGACUAACACAAUCACCGACUUUUUCAAGGGGCAGGACGGGCGUGAUGACAUCGUGCUGUUGCAAGUUGAUGACAUUGAUGAUGUUCCUAAGACGCCGGUGAUCAAAAAUAUGACGUGCAAGGAAGGACCACCGACUCCACAUCGAAUCGAACUGUGCCCUGACGAAGCCAAAAUUGAGACGAAACCCAAAGCCAAAAAACGGUUGAACUGUCAGCUGUCAACCGACCCCAAGGACAACAACCACAAGGUCACCGACUACUUUCCGGUGCGCCGUUCGGUUCGCAAAACGAAAAAGACGGUCAUGGAAGAAAAACAAAGAACUUUAGAGGAGUUGUUACGAAACGGCGUUGAAGAAGGUCUCGAGGUCAGGAUUUUCUCGGACAAAGGUCGCGGUGUGGUCACUUCGCGCCCUUUCACCAAAGGCGAUUUCGUAGUUGAAUACAGUGGCGACCUCAUCGACAUUAACGAAGCGAAAAGACGCGAAUUGAAAUACGCCCAAGAUUUAAAUACUGGGUGUUACAUGUAUUAUUUUAAACAUAACAAUCAACAGUAUUGUGUGGAUGCGACCGCCGAAAGUGGUAAGUUGGGGAGAUUGGUGAACCAUUCGCGGAACGGUAAUCUCAUCACCAGGACCGUAGCGGUGGAUAAUAAGCCCCGGCUUGUACUUAUUGCAAAGGAUGAUAUCAAGGCCGGCGAUGAGAUUACUUACGAUUACGGUGACAGAUCGAAAGAAUCGCUAAAGCAUCAUCCGUGGUUAGCCUAUUAAUUUAUUUGUUUUUUUAUUUAUUAUUUUUUCCUUUUUUUGUAAUUGUCGGAAACGUGUAGAAAGGCACAGUUUGUUUUAAAGUGGUCACUGCCUUUUUUAUCUUAUUUUUUUGUGAAUGUACUUGGAUAGAAGCAACGGUUGACUAAAGAUUAGAUAAUAAAAGAUUUGUUUUGUGA